UCUGGAUCAGACUUCCCAGUCCACUGCCCCCUUCUCAGCCGGGCCUCCCUCAACUCGGCCCCGCCCUUCAGACCCGCCCCCAGCCUCGGGCCCCGCCCCCGUCACCCCCAGGGCUGGAGACGCGUCCCGGGUUUGCGCAGCGGCCCUGGCGAGGGGCGCAGGCUCGAGGCACCAACCCUACCUCACAUCCUGGCUUACCCUGCUGGGGGAAGGUGGGAUCCACUGACCAGACCCUGACAGCCUUCCUGGGCACCGAAGGCUUCAGCCCCCACCACGACUCGCCUUUCCUCCCCGUCCCCCACUCCCGCAGGCCUACAGCAUGCAGCCCCAGGAGAGUGGUGUCCGCUACAGCAGGUGGGACGACAGCAACCGGGAUGAAGUCAGCAUGACUGCCAUGUCCAGCACAGAGGAGCCCUCAUGCUAUAGGAGGCUCUCCCAGAAGUUGUGCUCGGGCAAGCUGGGGAUCGCUAUGAAGGUGCUGGGUGGAGUGGCCCUCUUCUGGAUCAUCUUCAUCUUGGGCUACGUCACUGGCUAUUACGUGCACAAGUGCAAAUAAAUGCUGCCAGCUCCCACCCCUGGGACUUGUUCCCCUCCUCCCCGACUCGCCCUCCCCAGGCCUGCCCCCCCCCACUCCCACCCCUGGGACUCCCUCCCAUGUACACAGACCCCAGGGCAUAUGAAGAUGCCAGGGCGCACUGUGCAGCUCCAACAGCCCGGUGCAGGCAGCGCCAGCCGCUUACUUGCUGGGGAUGAGGCUCAGUCUCAGUAGAGCUGGAGGGGACCUCCCCAGGCUGGUCGCUGCCUGUGGUGUCCACAUCCCUUUGACCAAUGCUAGGCGCCUCAGUCCAGGGCUUGGCCUGUAACUGAGGCAGGCAGGCCACCGAGUGUGCUCCUCCCUGUGGCCUUGGGCUGGGCUCCUGGCCCUCUAGGCCUUCAGGAUUCCUGGUUGUGCAGGGAGGGCCCUGAAUAAUGAUGUGUCCCCUACCUAUUCUUUUUAGGGGACACAGAUAGGGCCCCAUAUAGAAGACCUGUUUCUGUGCUUGGCACAGAAGCCUUUUCAAACACAACAUUGUAUGCUUUUUAUUUGAGACAGGGUUUCUCUGUGUAGCCUUGGCUGUCCUGGAACUCACUUUGUAAACCAGGCUGGUCUUGAACUCAGAUCCACUUGCCUCUCUCUUGAGUGCUGGGAUUAAAGGCAUGGGCCACCUGGUAUACAACAUUGUAAA